AUGAAAGAAGUGAUUUUCCAGAAGGACUUCUGGCUCUGGAUCAACAGCGACAAAAUCGAUGGCCAGUACACCUCUGUCAAAAUUCCAGAAUGCGAGCCUCCAACAGCACCUACGCAUCCGAACUUCGGCCAACGAUUUCCACUGACCAAUUAUCCUGCAUCAUUCUGCGCAUUGUUUAUGGAAUUGCGGAUCCUUGAGGACGCCUUAAGAGAAGUUAUCGGCCUCAUUGAUAACGUUCGGGAAUCGUUUGCUGAUCUGUCCAUCCCACCAUCUCUUUGGGAUGAUCUUCAGGCCGGCCACCAGGGAAUGCUCGACCUGGUCGAAGGCUAUUUUGCCGGCGAAAAGAAUGGCGCAAUUGCCUACCCCAACAUUCAAGUUCCUUCGUUUACGCUGUGGAGUCUCCUGGAGGGAAUCAUCACAGACCACAGGUCGCUGGUCAAUAGGAUCCUGGAUAUUGAACGAUUGUGCUGCUGCCGCGACGAGGCCCUGGAUACACUAUUAGACCAGUUGCCACUUCGUGGAAAUGCACGUCUACGUCAACAUUAUGAGGCCAUAGCUAACAAAUACCAUGAUCAUGCUAGCGAGUGGGCCUGCAAUUUGCUCAAAACUCAUGUGGCUUACAAGCAGCAAUUUAUGAAGUUGCAUGACUACUUCAUGAACAAUAUGAGCUAUGUCGCUGCAGCUGGUGCAUUGUUUGAGGAGGAGGAGACGCCUAUUGUACUGGAUCCGAUCUUUGAUGGGUUUGCGAUGAGUCCAACUGUCGAGCUACGGGCUUAUUUGUGGAAGGAAGAGUCCUCGGACAUGGACUGA